AAAGACCAUCUGAUGCUGUGAUCAAUGCGGGACCAGCAGUUUUUAUCUCUGCAUCUGGACCUAAUCCUCUUAUGGUUCAGCCUGUUCCUUUCUUUCCAGGAUCAAAUUUUAGUUCACAUCAUAUGGGAGCGGCAUAUACUGGUCAUGGUUCACAAGGUGAACCGCUGGGUACUACAUUUGUUCCCGGAAAUAUCACCAUUCGUCUUCGUGCAGGUCGUACUGUACCAGUUUCCCAUCAUAACCUAGGCACACAAGGUGGACAAGAAGUUCAAGAAACAUCAAAUCCAACUGAAAAUUCUUCUAUUUCAAACGUUGUUCCUCAAGCAGUUUAUGGAGCUUCAGAUAAUCCAUCUCUUGCUGGAGAUUCUGGAGUAAGAGUAUUGCCGAUAAGAACAAUGGUUCCUCUACCAGCUGGAGUUCGCCAAUCCACAUCCGACCCAUCUGGUAGUGCAGUUGGGUUAAUCUACCCAGUUCUUGCAAGGGUUCAACAUGUUACUUCUGGGAACUUGGGUGAUUCUAGGGGCAAUGUAUUGUCUAAUGGGGAAAACGAGAAUGGUCAUAACAGUGAGCAACAGCAUACCACUGGAUCUACUAUACAAUCACAAAACUUGGAAUCUUCUAUCGGAGAUUUUAUUCAUGAGAUUAACCAAAUUUCUGCAAAUAUAGAUUCUUUUGCUUCUGGGUUAAAUGCCUCAAUAAAUGAAUCAGCUCCAGCUUCACAUCAAGGCUCUUUAAGAGACUUCCUUAGUGGAAGCCAACGGAUGCAAUCCAGUAUUAGCAACAACGAAAUCCAAUUUGAACAACAGAACAGGCAAAGCCCUAUUUCUCAACUAACUGGCAGAUUGGAUCAGUGGCUACAGUCAUUUUUACCCAGAGAGCAAGUUCAUGUUAAUGCCACUAGUCAUCCUGAGUUUGCUAGAGGUUCUUCCGCACAUCAAGCAGGCAUAGGUGGAAAUUCAUCGCCUGAGGUGGGUGUAAGUGUAAGUGAGGAUGGAUUAUUCUUCUCAAGGUUAGUACGUAAUCUUAUGCCAUUCAUAUCUCAAGCCACAUCAACAGAUCAAGAUACAAUAAUUAAUCAAAGCUCUUCAACAGCAGUGGCCACCAUGCAGAACUCAAAUGACUCUAGUAGUUCCCGAAGUCGUCGAGACCCACCUGAUGCCCCCAGUCCAAAACGUGCAAGGGGUGAAUGAAGCAGAUAUUCAUAUGGAGGUCUUAAAACUUUGGGUAAGAGUGCUAGCAAAUGCCACUAAGCAAAUUACCGAGCACGCCGCACUUGAUGUUGAAUGUUUUCCGCAUACCCUUCUUAAAGAUGAAUGUUAUCCAGCUUCUGAGAGGUUAAACAAACUUUUUCCACCUGCGCCCGAACCGACGACUCGGGUGGAUAUUAGCAAAUUCCUUCUCCAAUUGUCGCAUGGUACUCAAAGAGCCUGUACAAUGGCCAUCUUCAUGUUUAUUUGUGUUUUCAACAAGAUGAUCAGUGCAAAAUUUAUGAAAUUUUUUCUUGUAAAUCAUGGUUCCGUCACCAGGAAGUCAUGAUACUAAUAUUUAUACUUCAUAAGCACUUCUUAACCAUGUCACUAUUUUAUUCAA